AAGUCACCUUUUCUUUUUCCUUGUUUUCGUCAUGCGUCGAUUCAACAUUCGUUGGACUUUGUAGCUUCAAGGACGUAGUCAUCCUCUCAAGAUUCUAGUCAUGAUAUUGCUUAAAAAGAAGCCCGACUUACCUAUAUUAUCAAAGGACCCAGUCGAGCCCUAACUAGAAAAGUGCAUGGGUGACCAAAUUUAGGACAAAGUAGGCGCGGAAGAUCCACAUGCAACGAAACAUCCCUCACGAGUUCCAAACCUGACCUUCUUUAAGCUGCUUCGACUACGGGAACCACAAGGAAAACGGAACACGAGCGGGAAUGUGGGAGUGGGUCCUUCCAUAUAGUUGGCUUGAUGGCCCUUGUGGACAGAGUCUGUUCUCAUUAGAGAAUUGACCUUAGAACUUUGUGAUCAAGACCCGUGGUUAGUAAAGUAGAAACUUUCUCUCCGGAAAGGAGGUCCGCUUAUUUACUUAUCUGAAAAAGCAAAAGGUAGGUAGGCUGUUUCAGAGAAGAGUACGUGGGUUUUCACAUAGCCGGAUAUGAAAAGAGACCCUAAUGAGUAGCUUUUUUUUUAUUCGUAAACCCUUCUUUCUGUGCUUAUGGAAUCAGCCAGUGGCAGGUCUUGGCGAUUGAAUUCAUCCCGUUUUACUUUGUUGAGUGCGAUCUGGUAUUGACUUGCCCUUAUUUUCCAUCGAUCGGGUAGUUAGUUAGGUCCCGCGGACAAGAAGUCCUAUAUACUGAAAUAAGAGGGACUCCUUCCAGGCAUCGCCGUUAAGGUGCUCUUUUGAUAGAUUUCUAUACCUUCCCCUCCCUUUCCUCUGUAUCCGGGCCUACGCGAACAGCUGCUUGCUUAUCGAAGAAGUCUGCUCACAUGAUUGGAAUAUGGCUCCCGUAUGCAUGCUAUUCUGGGACUGAGGAAUGCCUUUCUAUGGUGGACCCUGAGGUCGGACUCUUGCUGCUUGAUUCAAAACCUGAUUCAAUAGCAGCAACAUAUUGAUGAUGGUGCCUGAACUACCUAUUCUAUUACCUUAUGGGGAGCCCCAAAGCCACAUCAAGCCCUAUGCUAUGGGUCAAGGUACUCUCGAGACCGUCUGGAUUGAAGACUAUCAAGCACCGUAGGUGGUACCAGCAUUCCCUGUCGAUAGGGCAUUCCAAUCUCUGGGUAGCUGCCCGCCCUACUUCAUUCCUAUCUCCUUCGGCGUCAGCCCCAUGUACCCCCUUAAACUAACCACUUGAAUUGAUCAGGAUUUGUUAGGUUGAGUGCAUUUUCUUCCAAAUCCAGUCAAUUUCAAGAAAAGUAUCGAAAAAUCCCGGGGUUAGGCACCUUUUUUCAGUGAAAUCUUGUUUUUUUCCCGCAUUAAUUAGUUAUGGGAGAAUCCUUGCUUCCUCAAUGCUCUUGCCUUCGCGGUCCUAUUAAAAGAGACACAAGAGGUUUUAGCACCGGCAUCUUUGGAUCAAAAGAUCAUUCCAUCCUAGAACCAACACGACGACUUCUCCUUGCCCGAUUUGAAAUGGUGAUGAAUAUGAAAUUAGGAAUAUAUAUGGACAGAUGAAUUAUGCGUCAUGGAAUCCGGAUCAUUAAAGAGGUAGUGUAGACAGUUGUCUAAGUGUGAUCUUCUUAUAUCCCCACGAACUGUUCAGCUUGAUAGACCCAAGGGGAAAUAGAAUCUCGAAAGGACCUUUCUUGUCCGUAGCCCCGUUGGAAUCGAGGGCUUGAUAUCUCAUUGGCAUGACUAAUUGAUGAGGCCGACUGCCUAAGUAGUACUCACGAGGUCCUUGAUUUCUUGUUAUACUUCGUCUCUACCUCUACCUUUAGCUGUUUGAUUGUCUGAUUUUUUUAUUCAUUUCCUUUCUGGUCGGUCAAUCGCACGCUAAUCGUCAACUCACACUUUCUUUCCUAAGAGGUCUACUUGAAUUUUCAUGCAAAUCAAUUCAAGAAUGGGAACAAGAAGAAUUCCGAGAACAAUCGCCAAGUUGCAUUCUUAAUAAAUGCAUAUAAAAAAGUAAAGAGUUGAUGUGAUGAUACCAUUCUCGAUCGAUAAGAUGGCGGAGCCCAUGAGGACAGCAAUAGAAUAGUGCCAUUCCAUCGUGUGAAGGCCGCAGUUCCGGUAAACCAAGUCGUUGUAAGACUGAGAUUGUCGCAUCGCAUCUCUCGCGUCAAUGAGUCUUUUAGAAAAUGACGAAAUAGCUCAGUUGGGAGACUCGCUCUUAUAUUUUAGGAAAAAAAGGCAUUCGUGCAAGAAGCACAAGCCAUUUUCUCGCUCUGUUCUUUUCACUCGAAAGUAGAUGGACCAGGUGGUCCACGUUCUUAUGAUCUCUCUCUUUCUUCUUUCGAUUGUGUGGGUGUAGAUAGGAAUAAGUAAAGGCUGUUUCUUGUUAGUCUGUAUCUUUCUCUUUAAUGGUAUCCAGAUUCACCUAUUUUUUUUCCGUUGUUGCUCUUCAGAAAACGCGUAUAGUGGCCUUCGUCGAUGGGACAAACGCUCCAGUGUAUGCGUUACGAGGCAACUAGCAUUUAGUUUUGUCAUGAAAGUUCGUGAAAGAAUGUUUCGUUGGAAAAACCAACGCCGACGUCAAGAUCAGUCUCCUUUCUCUUUUCGGGAGCAGAGCUGAAAAAGCUGGAGUUACCCUCAAAUGGAAAAUUUAGAAUUAACAGUACAAACAGUACAAAGCGUCUCUAACGUCCAUUCUUUUAUAAAAGAUUUUUUCCAUCAUACGUUGGAUCCGCAGCUUGUGAACCAGCUUUUGGAAGGGAUAGAGAGACCCAAGGACGGGGACUUCCUUUCCCAAAUAUAUGGCAUUUCACCCGAAAAUAGAGAGCUUGUGUUUUCUGAAAUCACAAAAAUGAUAGAAUUAUACUUACGGCAGGCACAAAUGGUUUUGCCAGCGGCCUAUAAUGUUAGAGAGUUUUGUGACCAGUUUUUCGGCCUGGAUUCUCCCCGGAGUCUCUGGGGUAGUUUCGUAGAUUUACAUUUAAAAGGGCACGAAAGCGUCACUUGGGACUCGGGCGUGGCUCAUCUUUAUCACGAAAUAUGUAAGGCCGAAGGCUUACUGCCGGAUAGCCCAGUCAGUGCUCCGAAUAGUCCUUUCAGUGAUCCGAAUAGUCCUUUUCUCGGGGAUACCUCCCCUCGAUCAGUUGUUGACGCCUUUCAGCAGCCUGCUCCGAAUCAGAAUUUAUUGGAGAACCCAUUGGAUCAAUUUACCAUUCAGCCAAUAAUUGAUCUGAAUGUGGGCAACUAUUAUUUAUCAUUUACAAAUCAGUCCUUGUAUAUGCUGCUCACUGUCGUUUUGGUCGUUUUUCUGUUUUUUGUUGUUACGAAAAAGGGAGGUGGAAAGUCAGUGCCAAAUGCAUGGCAAUCCUUGGUCGAGCUUAUUUAUGAUUUCGUGCUGAACCUGGUAAACGAACAAAUAGGUGGUCUUUCCGGAAAUGUGAAACAAAAGUUUUUCCCUCGCAUCUCGGUCACUUUUACUUUUUCGUUAUUUCGUAAUCCCCAGGGUAUGAUACCCUUUAGCUUCACAGUGACAAGUCAUUUUCUCAUUACUUUGGCUCUUUCAUUUUCCAUUUUUAUAGGCAUUACGAUCGUUGGAUUUCAAAGACAUGGGCUUCAUUUUUUUAGCUUCUUAUUACCUGCGGGAGUCCCACUGCCGUUAGCACCUUUCUUAGUACUCCUUGAGCUAAUCUCUUAUUGUUUUCGUGCAUUAAGCUUAGGAAUACGUUUAUUUGCUAAUAUGAUGGCCGGUCAUAGUUUAGUAAAGAUUUUAAGUGGGUUUGCUUGGACUAUGCUAUUUCUGAAUAAUAUUUUCUAUUUCAUAGGAGAUCUUGGUCCCUUAUUUAUAGUUCUAGCAUUAACCGGUCUGGAAUUAGGUGUAGCUAUAUCACAAGCUCAUGUUUCUACGAUCUCAAUUUGUAUUUACUUGAAUGAUGCUACAAAUCUCCAUCAAAAUGAGUCAUUUCAUAAUUGAAUAAAAACGAGGAGCCGAA